UUCCCAAAACACUGGAAAAAGAAAGAGAAAAACACCAAAAAAAAAAAAAGGAAAGGGGGGAAAUAGAAAAUCAUGGCAGGCUCUCAGUGCUGCGAGAACCCACCGGCCCUGAGCUCCGCUUGCGGAGGAGGCUCCGUUGUUGAGAGCUUUGGGGGCCUCAAGAGCUACAUCAAUGGAUCUCUUGAUUCCAAGCUCGCUAUCCUUCUCGUCUCUGAUGUUUUUGGAUUUGAAGCUCCGAACUUUAGGAAGCUUGCAGACAAAGUUGCAGCUGCUGGAUAUUUUGUUGUGGUUCCUGAUUUCUUCUAUGGCGAUCCAUUUGAUCCUGCUAAGAUGCCUAUAAAAACCUGGGUUCAAUCUCAUGGCACGGAGAAGGGAUUUCAAGAUGCAAAACCAGUUGUUACAGCAUUGAAAGAGAGAGGUGCUUCUGCAGUUGGAGCUGCAGGAUUUUGUUGGGGAGGUAAGGUUGUUGCAGAAUUAGCAAAGACUGGUGACAUUAAAGCUGGAGUGAUGUUGCACCCUUCGUUAGUCACUGUAGAAGAUAUCAAAGAGAUCAAAUCGCACAUUGCUGUACUUGGAGCUGAGGUUGACCACAUCUCUCCACCUGAACUGUUAAAACAGUUUGAGGAGAUUUUGUCAGCCAAAAAGGAGGUUGAGAGCUAUGUGAAGAUCUUUCCAGGGGUGUCACAUGGAUGGACUGUACGUUAUGAUGCGAACGAUGAGAAUGCUGUGAAGAGGGCAGAAGAAGCUCAUCGAGAUAUGAUGGAGUGGUUUGCAAAAUAUGUCAAGUAGAGCUCCUGGAAUCAGGCAUCUUUGAAGUAGAAAUCUAUGAUACUCAGAAGUAUUAGUUGCAUGUGCACGGUGCAGAACUAUGAUACUAGUGCAGAACUAUGAUACUAUGUUAUGAAUUUGCAUCCUCUUAGGGGGUGUUUGGUUCAAUUUCUAUAAAUUAUAAGAAAAGGAAAACACCCAAAAUAUAGAUUUCCUUGUAUUUCUAUAAAAUUUGUAGGAAAAGUUUAUAGAAGUCAAAGAGUAUCAUAUUUCUUGUUUUUUGCUAUUUCUUUGUUUGGUUCGAAGUAUGAAAAAGUUUCUAACUUUAUAGAAAAUAUGUUGUUUUC